AGUUGGUCAAAACUAUGAUCAAAUCAUCAAAAAUAGUCAAAAAAGCGUAGCCGUAGCCGUCGACUCGGUUGGUUUCGAUUUCGUUUACUUCCCAAUAAUUAAUACAACGAGAUAUUUUAUAAUUUACGUUAUAGAUAUAUAUAAUAGUCGCAUGUACAGUUACUUUUCUCUAAAAGCAAAGUUUUCCUGUUACGAAGUGACAUUGUGUAACCCCAGAAUGACUGUGUAAAUGAAGUUGGUCUUGGCAAUAAAUGGUGAACUUUUUACACGAAAAGAUUAGAUAAAAACAAGUGUAUUGGUUUAUUUAGAAACAAGUAAUAUGAGUGAGCCAGUGAAAAUAUUUGACGUGAACUCUAACCACAGCUUAUCAAAUGCUGGCGUAAUGGCUUCAGGAGAUGUGCCUUCGUUCAGAAAUCCUAUACCUAGUGCAUCUGGUAUUAAUAAUGGUUUAGGACCACCUAUGUUACCACCACGGCCCGAUAUAACGAUGCAACCAAGUUAUGGGAUGAAUAAUGGGAUGUCUUAUGGUGGUAUGGGAGGAUAUGGUGGGAUGGGUUAUGGGGGGAUGGGAUAUGGAGGGUACAGUGGGUAUGGUAUGGGAGGGAUGGGAAUGGGGAUGGGGAUGAGUCCGUUUGGAGGAUACAACAGAUAUGGCCCAAUGCACGGAGAUAUUGAAAACAGAUUUAUUCAGAUGGCAGAAGAGAACUCAAGACCAGCAUUUGACUCCAUACAGAGUGUAGUGAAUGCAGUGGGCAGUGUGGCAAUGAUGCUUGAGAGCACCUUCUUUGCCCUGACUAGUUCAUUUAGAGCUAUUUUAGGUGUAGCAGAAAAUUUUGGACGUUUGAGAUCGUUAUUUGCACAGUUCUGGUCUACUUUCGCAGUGGUACGCAGCUUGAACUGGCUUGUGAGAAAACUGCUUGUUUUGCUAGGAAUUAGAACAGAAUGUGAAUUCAAGGCAUGGGCCGAAGCAGUACAAGCCACUCAAGCUGGUUCCGCCAGUUCAGAACAAAAGGCGAAGGGUUCCAGCUGGCCCAUACUUCUAUUCUUUGGAGUCAUCGCAGCCGCGCCUUAUAUUGUUUUGAAGAUGUUGAAUGGACUUUCUUCGAGUAUACAUGAAAGAUUACAAGAUCCAUCAACCUGGCAAAACCCACUCCGUGCGGUCGCCCACCACGACUUCCAAGCGACAUCUCCCCAAGAGAUCAGCUUCAGCGUCAACCAGGUCCUCACCAUCGCUCCACAACAUCUUCAGGGUCACCUUUGGAACUCAGGGUGGUUGAUGGCAUCCACAGACAGACAGACAGCCGGUCUCGUUCCAGUCAACUAUAUAAAAGUUGUUAAACCUACUAACCAAAUUGAAAAUAGUGUAGCAAAUACAAAUGUCGUAAAUAGUUUUUCAAAUCCAAGUGCCUCAAACAGCAAACCUUCAGAGAGUGCGUCAGAUCCAGCAGUUGAAGCUGAAUUGGAGAAAAUUUAUAGUGGACAAGAACUUUGAAAUGGGUACCGAUUAACUAUUUUUUGGAGUUGGCAAUAUUAUUUUUUGCGACUUUUGCAAUCUUCAUGAAUUUAACACACUGUGCUAUAAUUAAUAUAAUCCUAUCGUGAUAGGACAUGAUAGGACUUACGUAUUAGGUAUAGAUUAUAUUAUAGAAGGUAUCAGCAUGAAACUAAAUAGAUGACCUUUUGGGAAUUUGGGUCUUAAGGUACAUUAAACAGGUCUAACCGCAAAAUUCAAAUUUAAUUUGGUUUUUUGCAAUUUGUUAACUAAUACAACAAAGUAGGCGUGUGACAUACUAGUAGCGCCAAUGGCAGUAUCAUCUCCACAGGUUUAUAUAAAAAUCUUUACUUGAAAGUUUUCAGUUACGUACGCAAGUAUCGAAGCUCAACAUGUCUCGAAAUUUGUGCCUUUUAAAUAUAAUUUGAAUACUUUUAAGGCAAGAGUGAAAAGGCAUCUAGGCAAGCGCACUCCAACCUAGACCUCUCAUUGCUUUAUUUCUCAGGCAUGAUUGUCAUCAAGCGCAAGCAAUUCUCACAAUAAAUAAAAAAAACUUGUAUAUUUCUAUUGCACACUUACCACACUAUUGGUCUCUCUCACAUACACAGACAGCUUAAGGUGCAAGAGACGAGUCUGCCCGCGAAAUUCAAAUUUAAUUCGGUUUUUCGCAAUUCGUAAAUCAAUACGACAAAGUAGUCUUAUGGCACAAUUCCGACAAUGGCAGUAUCAUCUUCACAGGAUUACA